UGCUGAUGUGAGCUUGGUUUAGCUUUCUCCUGGUUAGCCCCCCCGCCCUUUUCUCCUUUAUUCUCACCCCUCUCCUGAAUUGGAAGGGCUUCAUGCCCCCUGGGGAUGAUGGAGGCAGUGGGGGAUUUUGAAUACAGCAAGAAGGACCUGAUAGGACAUGGAGCCUUCGCUGUGGUCUUCAAAGGUCGCCAUCGCAAGAAAACUGACUGGGAAGUGGCUAUUAAAAGCAUUAACAAAAAGAACUUGUCGAAGUCUCAGAUCCUACUCGGGAAAGAGAUAAAAAUUUUAAAGGAACUACAACAUGAGAAUAUCGUAGCUCUCUAUGAUGUCCAGGAGAUGCCCAACUCUGUCUUCCUGGUAAUGGAGUAUUGCAACGGUGGUGACUUGGCAGAUUACUUGCAAGCAAAGGGAACCCUGAGUGAGGACACCAUCCGGGUGUUCCUCCAGCAGAUCGCCGCUGCCAUGCGCAUCCUCCACAGCAAAGGGAUCAUUCACAGGGACCUCAAGCCGCAGAAUAUCCUGCUGUCGUACACGAACCGCAGGAAGUCAAGCAUCAGCAGCAUCCGUGUCAAGAUAGCUGACUUCGGGUUUGCUCGUUAUCUGCAGAGCAAUAUGAUGGCUGCCACCCUUUGUGGGUCCCCUAUGUAUAUGGCUCCCGAAGUGAUUAUGUCACAGCAUUAUGAUGCUAAAGCCGACCUGUGGAGUAUAGGAACCCUGAUCUAUCAGUGCCUGGUUGGGAAACCACCUUUCCAGGCCAAUAGCCCUCAAGAUCUAAGAAUGUUUUAUGAAAAAAACAGGAAUCUGAUUCCUAGUAUUCCCAGGGAGACGUCCGCUUACUUGGCUGACCUGUUGUUGGGCUUGCUUCAGAGAAACCAGAAAGACAGAAUGGACUUUGAUACGUUCUUCGGCCACCCCUUCCUCGAUCAGGUUUCGACUGUCAAAAAAUCUUGCCCCGUGCCAGUGCCGACAUACACCGGCUCCGUUUCCGGUAGUUCCUGUAGCAGUUCUCCCUCGUGCCGGUUUGCUUCGCCCCCAUCACUCCCAGAUAUGCAGCACAUCCAGGAAGACAACCUGUCUUCGCCUCCCUUGGGGCCUCCGAACUACCUUCAGGUCUCCAAAGAUUCUGCCAGCACCAGCAGCAAGAACUCCUCUUGUGACACAGACGACUUUGUCCUGGUCCCGCACAACAUCGCCUCCGAUCAAUCAUAUGAUAUGCCUCUGGCAGCGGUCGGCAGGCGGGCCUCCAGUGAAUUCUUAAUGUGUGGAGGGCAGUGCCAGCCUUCGGUCUCCCCCCGCAGCGAGACGGCCCCCAUCCCGGUUCCCACUCAGCUGCGCAACUACCAGCGCAUCGAGCAGAACUUGACCUCUGCUGCCAGCCCCGUCUCAAAUCCUCACGGGUCACCAAGGUCUGGUGCGGUCAGGCGGUCGAAUACCAGCCCCAUGGGCUUCUUGAAGACCGCCUCCUCUUCCCCGGUGCCGACGGAUGCUGCGCAAGGCGUGGGACGCAGGCUGUCCACAGGUUCCUCGAGGCCGUACUCCCCUUCACCGUUAGUUGGCACCAUACCGGAGCAGCUGGGACACUGCUGUUGUGGACAGCCACAAGGACACGAAGCCAGGAGCCGGAACUCCUCAGGCUCCCCGGCUCCACAGUCUCAGUCUCAGCAGUCCCUCCUGCUAGGAGCCCGGCUGCAGAGCGCUCCAACCCUGACGGACAUUUACCAAAACAAACAGAAGCUCCGGAAGCAGCACUCGGACCCCGUCUGCCCCUCCUACGCCGGCUAUGGCCACUCCCCGCAGCCCACCAGGCCAGUCAGCCUGGGGACAUCGCCCACCAAGCACAUGGGCUCCUCCCCCAGGAGCUCUGACUGGCUCUUCAAAACCCCCCUGCCCACCAUCAUCGGCUCUCCCACGAAGGCAACGGCUCCUUUUAAGAUCCCGAAAACCCAAGCUUCCUCAAACUUGGUGGGCCUGGUCAGCCGCCAGGGGUCCGCCACAGACGCCCCCUCGCAGCAGCUGAAAGACACGAGCGAGAUGAGGGACUUCCCUCAUUUCCACCUGACCCAGGGAACCGAAAGGCAAGCGGCGGACCAGCACAGCAAGGCUCUCUUUGGCAGGUCUGUAAGCACCGGCAAGCUGUCAGAUCAGCAAGCAAAGACUGUUCUCGGCGGCCAGCUCUACCAGGGCAGCACAGACAGCCUUAAUACCGAACGGCCGAUGGAUACAGCUCCCCCCGGGGCCUGUGGCCUGGCAGCAGCGACUCCUUCCAUGGGAGCUGGGACGUGCUCGAGAGCAGUGAUGUUUACCGUGGGAUCCCCUCCGAACAGCUCUACUCCUCCAACCUGCACCCACAUGGUCCUCCGAGCGAGGACGACAUCAGUCGGCUCCAACAGUUCCGGAGGGUCUCUGUGUUCGACCAGCGGCCGCGUCCACAUGGGCUCCCCCCCUGGGGCCUAUAUGGGCUCAUCUCCUCCUGGACCAGAGGCAGCUCCAUGCCUGAAGUACAUGCCUUAUGGCACUUCGCCACCCAGCUUAGAGGGGUUUAUCACUUUCGAAGCCCCCGAGCUGCCAGAAGAAACUUUGAUGGAGAGAGAGCACACAGACACCUUGCGCCACCUGAACUUGAUGCUGGCCUUCACGGAGUGCGUGCUGGACCUGACUGCCAUCCGGGGAGGGAAUCCAGAGCUGUCCUCCUCCGCGGUCUCUCUUUACCAGAUCCAGGAGAGUGUGGUCGUUGAUCAAAUAAGCCAGCUGAGCAAGGACUGGGGGCAAGUGGAGCAGCUGGUGCUGUAUAUGAAAGCGGCACAGUUACUGGCAUCAUCCUUGCAUCUGGCGAAAGCUCAGAUCAAAUCGGCAAAACUGAAUUUGUCCACUGCUGUGAAGCAAGUGGUCAAAAACCUGAACGAGAGGUACAAAUUCUGCAUCGCCAUGUGCAAGAAGUUGACGGAAAAGCUGAACCGGUUCUUCUCGGACAAGCAGCGAUUCGUUGAUGAAAUCAACAGCGUCACGGCUGAGAAGCUCAUCUACAGUUGCGCUGUGGAAAUGGUACAGGCCGCAGCCCUGGACGAGAUGUUUCAGCAGACAGAAGAUAUCGCCUACCGAUACCACAAGGCGGCCCUGCUGCUCGAAGGCCUAGCAAAAAUUUUGCAAGACCCGGCCGAUAUAGAAAACAUCAAUAAAUAUAAAUCUAGUAUUGAACGGAGGCUCUCUGCUCUUUGCUGCAGCGCAGUGGCUGUUUACGAACAGUAGGUGGAGCAUCCAGGGCAGCUCGGGGAUGUUUCGCUUCAGCCCAGUGGUCAGCCAGGGUUCUACUCCAAUGGUUUGACUACCAAAGAAAAAUGCAGUUCAUUCAGAGAAGGGAAGCAAUUCAGAACAGCUUUGCAGGAGACUUGUCUUAUGACCGAUCUGGCCCCACUCUCCCUUCUCUUUUGCCAAGCGAGCCAGAUUUUAAAAGACUCGUCUUCACAGAUACAACAAACCUUCCCUUUGUGGAUGUUCAGCCAGGGCUUUUAUUUGUCUUCAGAAGAAGAAGACACAAAGAGCCGCUUUCUUCUGCAAGGUUUCCUCAUGGAAAAGGAUCCCUUUUUCAGAGCAACUCUUCAAAGAUGAGAAACUGUCGUUGACUUCCAACCUGUGUGUUGGGAAGUUUUGGGGGCUCAGUUCAAUUUGAGCUUGUGUCUUCUAAAUGCCACUUGAGAAACCAUCGAAGACAGAAGAAAAUGGCACCUUCUUAGAAAAGGUGGCGGAGUUACGGACCUGGGGACUUCUUCUUUUACAUUUUCGGUGUGGUAUGUUGAGAAUCCCUGAAACUAAUUUUAGCAGUUACUGUGGAUAUACACCCGUGAUGUUUUUCUUCUCCUUGACUUCUCCAUUUCCUACCACCCCCCCCAGAACAGUUUGUAUUGCACUAAUUUACUAAAGAAACUCAUCCGUUUAUGAGGAAUUAUUAAUUUAAACAAGAAAAAAGGCACAACUUGGGUAGGAGGAGGGGGGGGACGUUGAAAACACACACAACAGCGGCAACAGCAAAAGAGAGAACCCAAACCUUUUCCACAACGGGUGACCAACAGCACCUUAGAAGACCUUCCAACAAAGCUGUCAAGAAUGCCUUCCCGUGCACCUUCCCGUUUGAUACCAGUUUAUGUACUAGUUUGGUAACUCUGCCACUCUGUGGACCCUCUCGAUCACAUUCAGAAGUGGAUGGGGGCUUCCUGUCGCCCCCCUCCCCCCAGGAUAGAGGUUUGGUUGCUUUGUUCCGUAGUCUUGACCAAUUUCUAACCUCUGGGGGGGGGGUGGUUCCGUUCCAUGUUAGAAAGACAGUUUUGGACCUUUCCUUACAGAGCUUGGACUCUCAGAGGCCCGAGUUUAGGAAUUUUUGAUGUUGUGCCGUGGACCUUUUCUUUCUUUACAAAUAGCAAAGUGUCCAAAACAAAAUCAGGGUGGUUUUCUCUGCCACAUACAAGGAGAUUCCAGGAUGUUGCUCCUUGCUGGCUUCUUUUAGCUUUUCAUUUUUUUCGGCCAUCCCUUUUGACUGCGUAGCAUCAUGAGGUAUUUUUGGCGACUUCCGUUUCUCUGGAAAUUCCCUCUUCUGAUUUUGAGAGGGUUUUUCCCCCCUUUUAGUUCAUCAUAAUUCAGCCGCUCAAACACUUGAAUUACACAGCAUUUUUCAGAAUGGAAUCGUUUUGUACCUUGUUUUUGGGAGGGGGGGGGGUUGCCAGCCACACCACCUCAGCAGAGGCGGUCAACUGACAUCAAAGCUCUGUUGGAUUUUUUGUGGACUGAUAAGAACCCUGUUCUCCACCACCACCACCUUUCUUUUUUUUUUGCUUUGACGAAGUAAUGUACUUUUUACCUUAUUUAUCUGUACAAGAAAUUCCAGCAGUUAAUUUGAAAAGUGUUUUUAUUUAUAUGAUGUUUGUAUUUUGAGGUCUUUAAUACAGUGUUUCUACUACCUCUCCUUUGUAACUGCAUGCGUUUAUUCAUGACCCAUAGUAUAACAACUGAAAAAAAAAAUCCCGUUGCAUAAUUUUUACUAUGGCCCUGUAUAAAUGUAUAUUACGAGAAAAGAAUAAACAGAACUGAUACUCA